UGUACCAUGUUUCUUUCAAUGGGGAGCAUUUCUCUGCAAUGCCCACCAAUACAGAGAAGUUUUAAGGUGAAAAUAAUGAGUGUCAAAGGAAAAGUGAUUCUGUCAAUGCUGGUUGCCUCAACUGUAAUUGUUGUGUUUUGGGAAUAUAUCCACAGCCCAGAAGGCUCUUUCUUGUGGAUAUAUCACUCAAAAAGCCCAGAAGUUGGUGGCAGCAGCACUCAGAAGGGCUGGUGGUUUUCGAGCUGGUUUAACAAUGGGAUCCAUAAUUACCAAGAAGAAGAAGACAUAGACAAAGAAAAGGAGAACAACGAAGAAGAGCUUCAGCUCUCCGACUGGUUUAAUCCACAGAAACGCCCAGAGGUUGUGACGGUGACCGAAUGGAAGGCGCCGGUCGUGUGGGAAGGCACUUACAACAGAGCCAUCUUAGAAAAUUAUUAUGCCAAACAGAAAAUUACCGUUGGUCUGACAGUUUUUGCUACCGGAAGAUACAUUGAGCAUUACUUGGAGGAAUUCUUAACAUCUGCUAAUAGGUACUUCAUGGUUGGCCACAAAGUCAUAUUUUACAUCAUGGUGGACGAUGUCUCCAGGAUGCCCUUGAUAGAGCUGGGUCCCCUGCGUUCCUUUAAAGUGUUUGAGAUCAAGUCUCAGAAGAGGUGGCAGGACAUCAGCAUGAUGCGCAUGAAGACCAUCGGGGACCACAUUGUGGCCCACAUCCAGCAUGAAGUUGACUUCCUCUUCUGCAUGGACGUGGACCAGGUCUUCCAAGACAGCUUUGGGGUGGAAACACUGGGCCAGUCGGUGGCUCAGCUACAGGCCUGGUGGUACAAGGCAGAUCAUGAUGAGUUUACCUACGAGAGGCGGAAGGAGUCCGCAGCAUACAUUCCGUUCGGCCAGGGGGAUUUUUAUUACCACGCGGCCAUUUUUGGAGGAACACCCAUUCAGAUCCUUGGCCAGAGGAAGUGGACGGCAUCAGAGAAGGCAAAGGCCUACAGUGCACUGAAGAGGCUUGCAAGGAGUGACAUUUCCCUGACCUGGGCUUCAUGACAGUCAUCAGCAAGUCCCGACCCCAACUGCUCUAACCCUCAGGAUCCCUCAGCCCUAAGUUGGAGGGCUGACAUCAUGGAAUGGACUGGAGGAAAAGCCCUCCCAUCAAGUGACCUCUCGUUUUCCUCUGCCCCAUCUGCACUACUGAAGUGUAGCAACCAGAUGCAUUUAAUAAAAUGGUUAAUUGACUUUAUAUCAAAAGCAGAGGGGAUGGCAAUCAGAGACCCAGUCCUCAUGACUGAACAGCUUAACAUUCAAUUCCCUUCUCUAAGAGAAGCUAUGAAACCCUACAUGUUAUUUAAAGUUAAGCAAUUCAAUGUAAAGGAAGUUAGGAAACGAUAUUUACAUAUGCAGGUAUAUUAAAUUUUGUUUGUGUUCCAGUUUAGAACAUUUGUUUCCAUUUUCAAGAGAGUUAUUUGAAGAGCCAUUACACUGGCCUGAUGUUCAGCACAAUGGGCUUCUUUGAUAAAAUGAAAACUACAUUUUCUCUAUGGCUUCACUGUGCCUCCUACUUUUCAGUUCUUGCCCCAGAAUCUCUCAACCCAGCAAAACAAAUCCAAACCAACAAAAAUCCUGAAGAAGUGGACUUUGUAAAAGUUGCUUUCCAUAACUCAAGUUUUCUGGGAUCCAUUCUGGAGUAGGGAGAGUUAAUGAACCAAAGAAAUGAUCAAUCUUGAAAGAUUAGAGAAAAGGGCUGGUGCUUUGUGGAGAAUCUUGAUUUUUUUUUUAAUUCAUUUCAAAUUAAAUCCCAAAUGGACAAACUCAUAAUCUCAUUAAUAGUUAUUCUUAAACCUUUUAAAAAAUCAAAUUCCUGAUUUACAAUUGAAUAAAUUAUUUUAUCAGUAUAUUCUGGUCUGGUCAAGGAUUGUGCAUUUUCUCCCAAAGAUGUUCAGAACUGUCAAUUAUAGAAUCUUAAAUUCUUAGACUCCAAAAAGUCCUCAUGUCCUUCUAAAAACGUGUCCACUAUUUCAAAGACAGAAAGAACAUGGUUGAGAUUCCCAAACUUUUAAAACAACAAAGGCUUACACAGAGCUCUCCAAAGUGAUGCAUGAAAGUAAUUAAGUGCCAGAGGAAGAACCAGUGGGGAGAGGCCCAGGGUGAGGUACCAGGGCACAAGAGAAAACAAUGCCACAGCCAUAUCUGGGGGUUAUUAGUCCUGACCUUUGGUGACUAUAUCUGGCCAAGGGAGCCCUGGGAAAAGGCUGGAUUUCCAGCAAGUCUGGGCAGGUGUAUUUGUAAUAAAUUAAAGAUUAAAGGUGACCAGGCUGAUGUAGUGAGGUGCACUGGAUAUACAACAGAGCAUGAUUCCCUCAAAGUAGAGAAUUAUUCCCAUUUUAUAGAUGAGCAAAGUGAGGCUCACAAAGGUUAAGUCACCCAGCUGGGAAGUGGCUGAGCUGAAGCUCAAACCAGAGAAGCUGACCAGCAUAAAUGUGUUGAUGGACAUACGGAGGGCCAUGUUUCAUAUCAAGGAAGAUGCAACUGUAUAGAAGAAUCUUAUAAAGGCACAUUUUUGCCAUAAAAAACUAGAUAUGUUCCCAGGCCUGUAUCAUUUCCCAGUUUCUAUGCACUUAACCUACUCCAAAUUAAAUUACGUAUAAUGGAUCAUGUAAAAAAAAUAAAAGACGAUGUGAUCAUUCUUAUCUUUACAUGGUGCGUGUGGGGCUUAUAUAAGCCCUAUGGGCACGUACUGAGCUGUUAUGCCAAGGCAGUGCCUUGGAGGGCGUGACUAGGCAGAGGCAAUGGGUGGACGGGGCAGCCACGCCUUCUUUCACCCCACCUCUAAUCUAGGGGUCACAUACAGCUGGAAGGGGAGAAGUUUCUUUAAGGCUAGAAGGGCCUGAUUUCUCUGGUCCUUGGAAUGACUCAUCUUUAAUCUCUCCCAAAGUCACCAUGUGAUUUACUAAUGAGGGUACCAUAGCCAUGGCAAUACUUAUAGUUACAAGCAUAUAUUAAAUGUACUAUUUAUUAAAUGUACCUUAUGGGAGUGAGUAACACAGGAGUGAGAGCAUACAAGUGUGAAAUGUCAUAGAAAGUAUGAAUGCUUAACAUACCAUGCAUUCUUUUUAAGGAGAGAAAACAGGGUUAAGGGGAAGCCACUGGUCAAAGCCUCAGAUCCAUAAGGUACAGAGUUAGGAUUCAAACCCAGGACUGUCUGACUCUAAAUCCUUUGCUCUUUCCACAGCUCCAGUCUGCUUCCGUCACUCUCUUUCCUAUGUGUACACUCACACACACACAGACUUUAACCAUCUUGUUUCUGAAAUUUGAGGAUACCAAAGGAAUCUCCCCUAAAAGCUCUCAAUUCCUUUAUUAGGCAUUAAAGAGAGAGAACUUAGUAGACCAAAAACUCUUCAGAGGCAGAAUGUGGGUCUAAACUCAUCAUAGAGCCAAGCUGGAGAAGCAGACGAACGACCUGAGCAAUACAGCGAAGUUCCAGGGCUAAGGGAGCAUGGAGGAGGGAAGGAUGUCUGAGGAGGUAGAAAUAGCCUCGGAGGGGCUGAGUCUGAACCGAGCUUUGAAAGAAGAGAAGGAAAUCCCUGUGAGGAGUGGAGAUGGCAUGAGCUUGCAGAAGGAGGAGCAGGAGAUGUAAAGCACAGAGGACUUCCAUAAGACUUUCACAGAGACCCACACGAAUGGUACCGAGGCCAUGGGACUGGAUGAACUCACCUGGCAGAGGCUGUGUGAAAAGCAGCAAAGAGCAUGUGAGCACUUUGGCUGGUUGAGGACUCCAUGUUCGCCUGGAAUUUGUGGCUCUCUUUCUCCUCUCCCAGCAAUGCCUGGUCUCCUUUAUGGAGUCCAUGUGACUUCUAUGGAAACUGGUGCCAUGGUUGGAGCAAGUGAUCCAGGCUUAGCCAAUCAGCACUUUCCAUCCUCGGUGGCAAUGGUGAUUCAGGGGUGGGCAGAUGACCUAAACUAGUCCAAUCAAGGUGAAUCUCAGGUGCUCUCAGGAAAUGAGGAACCAUGUAACAUUGGGAGCUGCUAACACCUCUGGAGACCACAAGGGAGGUCAGCCUUAGGAUGAAACUGACAACAGGACAGGAAGAGCAGGGACACUGAAGGAAACCCAGUCCUUGAUGACAACCCUGAGACACUGGCCUUACCAAAGGCCUGUACUGCCUGUGGCCUUUUCAAAUGUGUGAGACAAUAAAGUCCCUUUAUUGUUUAAGCCAUUUGGAAUUGGGCUUUCU